AGUCAGUUAGUGUGGGAAGGCGUCGUGUUGUGUUUUGACGCCGCUCGCGGUGACAGCGCGGUGAAAUGGCGCUUCGCUCCUGGUGAUUCAGUCGUGUGGCGCGCGCGUUAGCCGCCACUGUCUUGUUGUGCUAGUGCCCAUGCGAGAGCACGGUGCGCCGCGAUGAGGUGGAGCGCGACUCCAUACCGCGCCAAAGAGCGCGCCAAUAUCAGUUGUUUCAUCUUUAUUAUGUUCUUUGCGGUGUUUGGUUUCAUUAUAUUAACUGAACUGCUGCCGUCAAAAGACCCUGUUACAUCCAACAACUCGAGAUCCCGUAGUGAUCAUCUCCAGGGAUGGGACAGCAGAUCCAAUGCAGGUGGUGAGGAGAGUGAAAGUCCACCGCCUGCUCUCAUUCCAUUGGACGCUGUCUGGCAACCUGUUGGUGGAACUCGGUUUCGUUUCUACGUAUAUUCAGCGUAUGUGGAGCGGCGGACGGUAGCGGCAGUGCGCAUCAUUGCAGCCACUAAGACAAGGGGAGCGGACAGCGUAAUGUGUCGCUUAUGGCUAGUUAACAACCGUACACUCACACUUAAAGCCAAAGUCAAAGCCAUCCGUGAAAAUUGGAACUUAAAGUUUAGUGCGACAUACGUUUUGUGUUUGUUAGCCGAUUCAGGAGUGAAGCCACAUGAGACAGUUGGGGCUUCGGUGGCAGUACUGGCCACUGAUAAACUAAACUCACUUCCAACCAACCUACUCAUCGUACAAGAUACAGAACCGAAACCAGGAAUCGAGGAAAAUCUACACAUAUGUGUGAAGCCGUUCCACUUCUCGUUCAACCGCUUCGAUUGGCUGGUGGAGUGGUUUGAGAUGAACCGGCUACUAGGCGCUAGUCACUUCUACAUGUACAAUCAGUCACUCAGUUCUUCCGUCGAAUGCCUGCUCGAAGAUUAUCGCAAGAAAGGUCUCAUCACGUUGCUUUCUUGGCAACUUCCUAUAUUAUCAAAGGUGGAAAUCAGAACAGAAGGCCAGUUCGCGGCGUUCAACGACUGCCUAUACAGGUCGAUGUCCCGCACUGGUUGGCUGCUUGUGAUAGAUGUGGAUGAAGUAGUGUUCCCGCGGAGGGAGCGCACGUUACCUGCCUUAUUGACGUCUCUGAGAGCGUCAUAUCAACCGCGCUCCAAAGCGCCAUCUGCAUUCUUAUUCCGGAAUGCCUUCUUCUAUCUUCUAUGGGAGGAUGACUCUGAAGUUAAUUCGCCUUUACUAAUGUUUCGUAAGACGAGGCGGUGGAGUACACCACACUCGUUGAAAAACCGCAGCAAGUACGCGCUAAGGCCGCGUGAUGCUGUGGAGCUUGGCAACCACUUCGUGUGGGAGCUCGCGCCUGGGGCCAGCUCCAUCGGUGUCAACACCGACAGGGCACUGCUACACCAUUAUCGGAUGAACUGUGAGUUUGGUGGCGUAGUCUGCAUACAAGUUCCUUCAACAAUAGACAGGACAGCGCAUCGGUGGAAAGACGAGUUAUUGGACCGUGUGACUACCCAACGCAAGAAGCUAGAAGCCGCGGGAUGCGUCCAAAAAGUAGUAGGACAAUAAAUUAAAACAAUUGAAUUUUUUUUUCUUUCUUGAAAGGCAACCGAGUCUCCAAUACAGUGUUGUCGAGUAUACUGCCAGUGCAGAGUGGUGACGGCAGAUCUAUAAACCGUCGAAAUUUAACUUUGUGGUAGUUGUUAGUAGCUGGGAGGGACAAAUCAACGUAUAUGUUUGAAUUUAGAUCACUAAAAUUUACAACAAUCGUAGUACUGAUAUAAGCGUAUGUGUACCCUUCACUUCUAUCGACGGCAGAAAACAAUUGAAGUUAUCAGUAGGUAAAAAUCGCUGACUAUGUUGAACUAUUUUCAUUGACAGUGUUUAAGCUCCAUUAGCAAUGUUCGAAAUUAUAAACCUGUUACGUAUUAUUUAGUAUUGUAACUACCCUAACUCUUGAUUUUAAUAACUUAUCUUACUCAUCCGAAAUAUCUGGAUCGAUUUUGAUGUUUGACAGAAACUUCUUACAAGCAAAUCGAUCAAUAAAAUGAUCAGGAUAAUUAGGUAUCCAUAGAUUUAGAAUUGAGAUAAGUUAUUGAAAUCUACAGUAAAAAGGUCACGUCAGAACCCAUGGUUCAUGGAAAACAAUAACUAUUUUAUCGUUUAUCAGUCGUCAUAUGAAUAUGAUGAGUCUUUUAUUAGAGAAAAUAAAUAUCACGACUAUUAGAAAUUAUGUCACAAAUGUAGUGCUGGACAUCGACGGAUAAAGUGAACAGAUGACUCGAUAUAUUGCGCUCGGUGCAAAGUGUGACAGCCGAGUAAGAGGUAUCGGGAAAAUACUUUACUUCUAAUACCCGGUAUUGACUUAGUACUAAAAUUACGAUAGCAUAUUUGUACAAAGAGUUCAGAAACAUCUUUUAUUUAUGUACCUAUUAAAUUUUUUUAUGGAAAAUGUAUGUCAUCGAUAUUUUUUUAUAAUUUUUAAUAAGAUGUCGUAAUAUUUAUUAGAUUUAGUUUAUGGACGACUUUAUUGUAGAUUAGUUAAAAUGGGCAUUUAAUUUUGCGAUUUUUUUUUACUUUACAUUAGUUUGCAUUUACGAUAUCUUAUCCUACUAAAACUAUAAAUGCGACAGUUUGUAUGUUUGUUCCUUCACGUCAAAACGGCUGAAGGGAUCGGGAUAAAAUUUGGAACAGGGGUAGAUUAUGGU